GACUCUGCAGAUCUCGUGGGAAGAGGCCAGGACACACCUUGAAACUCACACUCAGGAUAGAGACACACAGAGAGAGCUGACAGGGUGAGGAGACACAGAAAAUAUCGCAAACUAGCAGAAUUCCCCACACACAGUCUGAGUCCCAGAGACCCUCAGUGUGAGCCUCAGGGGGCUGCACUGUAUGGAGUGGGAGUGACUCACUGGUUUCAAGUGAAACUCAUCCAGAGUCAGGCUGCUGAGACAGGAAGUGGCAGUCAGUCUCUAAUAGGGAGUCAGUGAGCUUUAUACAAAACCCAGGCUCAGGGGAACAUGAAGGACAUGGAUUCUAACCCCAGAUACAGUCACAGACCCCAGAGUAUGAAUGGGUACGAGGAAGCGGUCGAGUUCCUUCCAGCUACCGACACCAAGAAGGUGGAGAAGAGGGAUCCGAGAUGGAAAUUCGUUGUCAUUGGAGUGGUGAUUGGUGCCGCCGUGAUCUCGCUAGCUGUAGGUCUCCUCGUUUGGCACUUUGCAUAUCGCAUGGCUCCAGUGCCGAAGGUGUACACCGGUUCCGUAAGGAUCAACAAUUACGUAUUUGUAGAUGCCUAUGAAAAUUCCUCCACGCCUGAAUUUAAGCAACUGGCAAAUAAAGUCACGGAUAUGCUCGGUGAAUUGUACAGAGGACAGAAAGAUAUUGGCCCUCAUUUCACUGAAGCUUACGUAACUGCGUUCAGUGAAGGCAGUGUUAUUGCAUAUUACUUGUCGGAGUUCUCUGUGCCAUCUUAUAAAGCAGAAGUUUUGGAUAACGCCGUGCUCAACUUAAAGAUCCAGUCUGUCAAUCUGCGGAUGCGGCAAAUUCUGUCUGUGGAUUCCUUCGAAGCAUAUCCUCUCGAUGCUAACUUGGCAAGAAGUUUCAGAAACAACAGUUGUAGUUACUUUCUGCAUGCCAAACCUGGUGAAGUGACAAAAUUUUCAACUCCCGGCUUUCCCAACACUCCGUACCCACCAAACAUGCGAUGUCAGUGGUCGCUACGUGCAGACGCUGGACAUGUGAUCCGUCUGCACUUCAAAACCUUCAAAAUGGACAUUUGUAAAGAUCUAACAGGGGAUUAUGUUAAAUUAUACGACUCUCUGAGCAUUGCAGAGAAUCGACGUAUGAUGACAUUGUGUGGCAGUUAUCCUCCUUCCUACAACCUCACCUUCUUUUCAUCUCAGAACGUAAUGCUGGUGACACUUGUUACAGAUGGCAAGGGAAGACAGCCGGGAUUCAUGGCUCGAUUCGUGCAGGUCCCACAGACUACACUGUGUGGGGGUAUUAUUCGUAAUUCUGAAGGAGUAAUUACUAGCCCCUUCUACCCAGCUCAUUACCAGGCGAACAGAGAGUGUAUCUGGGAUAUCCAGGUUCCUGGAGAUAAAUAUGUGAAAAUCCGCUUUAACCUGUUCUACUUGUUGGAGACCGGAGCAUCAGAUAAUUCCUGCACUAAAGAUUUUGUGGAAAUCAAUAAUCAGAAGUACUGCGGGGAGAAAAAGCCAUUUGUUGUUUCAAGCAACAGCAAUAAAAUGACGGUUCGAUUCCGUUCGGACCAGUCUAUAACGGACACCGGAUUUACUGCGGAUUAUCUUUCCUACGAUUCUCAAAACCCUUGUCCGGGCAAGUUCACGUGUAAAGACCGCAGGUGCAUUAACGAGGCGCAGCAAUGUGACGGCUGGAACGACUGCAGCGAUUUCAGCGAUGAACUUAAUUGCACUUGUUCUGAAACUCAAUUCCGGUGUAAGAACAGCCAAAUCUGCAAACCAAAAUAUUUCUUGUGUGAUGGCGUGGACGAUUGUGGGGACCGCAGCGAUGAAAAGGAUUGUGGAUGUCCUGAUAAUAACUUUCAAUGCACGAACAAAAAGUGUAUCCCCGAGGCACAGAAAUGUGACAAAACCGAUAGCUGCGGAGACGGCUCGGAUGAGGUUGGCUGUCCAGAGGUUCCUGCCAACACCUGCACCAAGCUUACCUAUAAAUGCAAGAACAAUCAGUGCAUCACAAAGACCAACCCAGACUGCGAUGGCGUAAAGGACUGCCAAGAUGGCUCCGAUGAGGACACAAAUAUGUGCAACUGUGGCAAGCGCCCAUAUUCCCGCAAAACCAGGAUUGUGGGUGGGGUGAAUGCAGAUGUUGGCGAGUUCCCUUGGCAAGUCAGUCUACACGCCCGAAAUGAGGGACACGCGUGUGGGGCCUCGCUGGUUUCCCCCACACUUUUAUUAUCUGCUGCUCACUGCUUUCAGGACAUACAAGGAAUACGGUACUCUGACCCCUCCUUGUGGACGGCUUACCUGGGACUCCACAACCAGGCCCAGCGCACCAGCCAAGAUAUUGUGCAGCGCUCAAUAAAACGCAUUGUGACACAUAAAAGUUUUAGUGACUAUACCUACGAUAAUGACAUCGCCGUGUUGGAAUUAAGUAGCCCAGUGACCUACACGGACUUUAUCCAACCGAUCUGCAUCCCAGACAGCACACGUACUUUUCCUGUUGGCAAAAGUUUGUGGGUGACAGGAUGGGGAGCGCUAAUUGAAGGGGGAACUGGCGCAUCUGUCUUACAGAAAGCGGACAUCCGUAUCAUUAACUAUAAUGAAUGUAACCAGCUCCUUGAAAACCAGUUGACGGAACGUAUGAUCUGCGCUGGUUUUGUCUCUGGAGGAAUCGACGCUUGUCAGGGUGACUCGGGUGGACCCCUGUCCAGUUUGGAAAGUAAUAAUAAAAUGUACUUGGCUGGUGUCGUAAGCUGGGGUGAUGGCUGCGCCCGUAGGAAUAAACCCGGCGCCUAUACAAAUGUAACUGCUAUGAGAGACUGGAUCAAAAUAAACACUGGCCUGUAGUGGCUCUUUAACCAAACUAUGAAGGAUUUAAGGCUUCUGGAUUUUUAUACAUAUUUUUUUAAAUCAUUUUUGGAA